CACAAGAAAGUCAAAUAUAUCUGUAAAGACUGUAACAAGUCACUGUGUCAGUCAUGCUGCGUGGUCUACCACAGGAAAUGUGACUCUGUCGUCACAAUCAAUUCACAAGUAGAAAGAAUGAAGUCAGAGUUGACUCUGAAAAGAAAUAUCUUGCAGACUAAAUAUCAUGGCAAAGGUAAAAGGAUAGAGAGACAUACGUUGAGAUUAGAUCAAAUAAAAGAAAAGAAAUUGGCCACUAAAGAACAAAUCAAUCUAAACGCCAAUAAAAUGUUACAGCACAUCAGGCUGAAGGAACAAAAGCUGUUAGAUGAACUGGAUGAAAUAACAGACAAACAAGUCAUUCAGACUCAUGUUGAUGUAAAGCUUGAAGAGAUUGAGAUGCAGAUGUACAAACAACAUUGUGAGUUCAUUGACCAGGCCUUGGUAUCGGACUGUGAGAUGGACCUGUAUGACGCGUAUCAGGCCUGGGAAUCGGGGGCUGUAGAGUUGGGGGAUGUCAGGGACACAGACACUGCAGACACACGGAGAAUAGAUGACACCAGGUUCACACCUGAUACUGACAACGUCCAGCACAUCCUAGAUGACCUACAACUUGGGAAGAUUGACGUCACAUAUGGAGAUGGACUGAAGUGUUCACCAGUGUUGUUCCACACACUUGAUGCGACCUCAGAGGAUGACGAAGGGAUACCUAGAAUGCCUGGUGUCACAGCACUUUAUGUAGAAGGCAUACAGACAAUUGUUGUUACGGACUACACCAACAAGUGUGUGAAAUCUUUCUACAACAGAAACGAUCAACCAUCUCAAAGUAAACUUCCCCUGGAUGACUCUCCAUUUGGCCUAACACGUUUGACGGAGAAAGAGGUGAUAGUUGCUGUCCCUGGCUCACGGAAGAUUCUAACAGUAAAGGUGUCCCCGGACCUGGUACUGAACUCAACCAUCACAACAAGCAAGGGUUACGCCAGUCUCGCUGUUCUGGGUCCUUCAUCUCUGGCAGCAGGUACUUGGGACUGUCUUGAUAUCCUGGACAUGACAGGACACGUGCUAAGGUCAGUCACUACACACAACAACGAGACACUGUUUGCCUACCCCGCCUAUAUGUGUGUCAACAACAAGGGCAACAUACUCGUGUCUGACUGCUGCAAGAAGUCUGUGACAUGUUUGACGUCAGAUGGGGAUGUUGUGUGGAGAUACGCACCUACCGGAGAUAGGGCUCUCCGUAAGCCUACUGGUAUCUUAACAACCAACACAGGAGAUAUCAUGUUUGUAGACAAGAUCGCCGUGACUAUUAUACAGCUAACCGAGACAGGGGAAUAUGUCAGCGAUGUCCUCACAUCACAGGAUGGCAUCAAUCAGCCAAUUAGUCUGUGCAUUGACAAACAUGACUCUGUUCUUGUAACUGGUGGAGGGGAUAUCAAGACAUUUAUUUUCACAUAGUAUGUGAAUGUAUAUUGAUGAAGGGCUUUGUCGGAGUGAGUUAUCACAUCUCGGGAUGAUGUGUGAGGAUGAAAGGGAGGGGAUAACGGGGAAGGACAACAUGUAUUAAGAUGCACAUUGUUAUGUCUCAGCUGCAUAUGGGCGGCCUGCGUGACACCAUAUGGAACUUGAACGACAUACGAAUAAGAGUAGACACGGGUGACCAAGUGGUAGAAGGCAUUACUGUUUGCUGUGAAGAGUUGCGUCCCUUCUCCGAGCCAGGAAACAGUUUCUCAUGGGCAUUAGGCCCUAAUCACUAAUGUUUUGCAAUUAUCAAUUCAUUUUCGAAGCUUAAAUCAUUACUGUGAGAGGGUUUCUGUUAAUC